AUGACUCAUGAAAUUGGAUUUGUUGUCGUGAUAAUGAGGUCAGACACAAAUAUUGGUGUUAGAGGAAGGACCUCAUUUUUGUUAAUAGUUUGCAAAAGGAGUGGUAAGUAUAGGCCUAAGAAGAAUGAUUUAGUAAGAACAUGCACUGACAGUAGAAAAUGUGGAUGUUCGUUUAAGUUGCGUGCGAAGCCAGUUUUGGGAGGAGAAGGAUGGAUGGUGAAGUUAAUUUGUGGGAUUCACAAUCAUGAAAUGGCAAAGUCAUUUGUUGGCCCUCCAUAUGUGGGUCGACUGACUAAAGAUGAGAAGAUUGUUGUUGCUAAUAUGACGAAGUCCAUGGUGAAGCCAAGAAAUAUUCUUUUGACAUUGAUGGAGCACAAUGCCAACAGUUAUACAACAUUCAAACAAAUCUACAAUGCCAGACAUGCUUAUCGUUCUUCCAUAAGAAGGAGUAACACCAAAAUGCAACAACUCAUGAUACUACUUGACCGAGAUCAAUAUAUUCACUGGCAUAGGAUGAAGGAUGAGAAUGUUGCACGUGACUUUACCUACAAAACAAAUAGGUACAAACUGUUCUUGCUUGAUGUUAUUGGUGUUACACCAAUAAGAAUGACAUUCUCCGCUGCUUUUGCUUACUUGGAAGGAGAACGUCUUAAUAAUGUUGUUUGGGCUCUACAACGGUUUUGGGGUCUUUUCAUGAAAGUUGAUGCACUCCCAGGGAUUAUUGUUACCGACAGAGAUUUGUCUUUGAUGAAUGUAGUGAAAAUUAUAUUCCCGGAUGCUACGAACUUGUUGUGUCGAUUUCACAUUGACAAAAAUGUGAAGGCAAAGUGCAAAACCCUAGUAGCUCAAAAGAAUGCAUGGGAUUAUGUGAUGGAGGCUUGGGGGAGUUUGGUUGACUGUCCAUGUGAAAGUUCUUUUGAUGACUACCUUAAAAACUUUGAAAUGGCUUGCUCUCAACACACCCAAAUUAAAGCAUAUUUUGAGACAAGCACACACGUGGUUGGGCAUGUGUUUUAA